AUGGACACACCGAUUACGAAACGGCUUCACAUAUCAGGCUUGACGCCUUCGAUAACGGCGGACGACAUCGCCAAACGUCUAUCGACCUUUGGAACCGUCAAGGCCGUCGAUGGGUUUGGUUUGCUCGACGCCGUCGGUCAACCACAAAAAUUUGGAUAUGUGACCAUCGAGACGACAGCAGGGAAGCUAGCUAAAUGCAUGAACGUCUUGAGCGGGGCGACCUGGAAAGAGAACGCCAUCUCUGAACCUGAGGCUCGUCCACGAAAGCGACGACGAUGCGACGGUGUCUACUCCGCCGAUAUGUCGCUCGUCGACUCUACUAACGUCGACAAGCGAGGCGGUUGGAAGAAGACGUCUCUAGGCCGUAUAUACAGACCUAUUCGUAUGCGACCAGAACGCCCGUUACCACCAACGCUGGAAGAAUUGGCAGCUAUGAAGAAGAUCCUCAAGAAACGAGCAGCAGCUAUGCGUGGAACCAAGACGAAAAAGCCUAAAUUGAAGGCACCGCCUACAAGGGCGCGAAAGAGGACGAUAGACAUGACCAAGUGGGGCAGUACCCUGCUGAAGGGGAUUUUCCUGGAAUCCCAGGGCUCUGUUGCUCAGAUGCCGACCUCAGAACCGAUGGAGGAAGACAAAUCUUCCAGCUCCGAGGACGAUGAACCCGUCCCUGUGGCACCGAAGCAAAGCCAGCGCCAGCUACCUCAAAGAUCCCCGUCUCCUCUUCCCCCUAAAAAACCACAACCUGCGGCGGUUCCUGCAGUUGCCCCACCAAAAAACAUUGAUGCUCCUGCCGGUGUCGAUCUCGCUUCAGAGAAGAAACAGACUUUGGACUUCUUGUCAUCCCUCUUUGGCGGCGAGGACGACUGGGACGGCCGCGAAAGUAUUGGUUCUGACAUUGACGAAGAGGAACUGCGCAAAGGAGUCAAAAUUGCUGCUGCUCCCACGACUGAUGACUUCGAGGUCGUUCCGCGCUCUGCAUCUCCCCGUCCAGAACCUGUCGCCAUGGAUCAGGAUGAGGGGGGUCUCGGGGACGAAGAGGCUCGGGAUGAGCCUGAGCCGGCACCGUCACAAGCACCCGAACCAAAAUCGACCAAUCUCAAGGAUCUUUUUGCUCCGCGUAACGAAGAGGCUGGAUUCUCUCUACUCGGUCAUCUCGAUAUCGACCUCGAGUUGGACGACGAAAUCCCAUUCGCUAUCGAAGAACCUUCGAUUACGCAACCGCUAUCUACCGCCGUUCCCGCAUUCCAGCCCAGCAUCCCCACAACGACAACAACGACCUCUCACACAAUAACAUACCUGAACCCCAAACAGCCUCUCUUCUUCCCUUUGCCUCACCACACCUCCACUGAUUCCUCAGCGUCCGACUCGUUCACAAUCAAAGCCCGCCAACGCGAUAUCUUCGACGUGAUCAAAGACAACAGGUGGGACUGGUGUGAUCCAGGGGUCAAGUUCUACAAGACGAGCACGGAGGAGGAGAUUAGGAAGGAUUGGGAGGAGGAGAAGGGUGACCUGACGAGGGAUUGGAAGAAGAGGGCGAGGGAGGCUGGGAAGGCGAGUCGGAAGCGGAAGGGAGGGGUGGAUGGUGAUGCGGAUGUGUAG